AGAAGAAGUGAGUAAGCAUAGGAGAGCGACCAAGAACGAAGAGAGAGAGAGAGAGAGAGAGAGAGAGAGACAGGGGAGCGUAGGAUUAGCAGCGAUCGAGGGACGCAAUCUACUGAGGAGCUCCGCAGAUCAAAGCCUCUCGACACGAGUUCGCCAACAAUUUGUCCUCCCGACGACGAAACUCCGGUCCGAAGCGAACAUCGACAGCUGGGUUUCCGAGGCUGCGCAAGAUUCGACUCCGUCAUUGCUCCCCGUCGGACACCCUCUUCAAAUCCUCGGCGGCUUCGCGGGUCGAACUUUCGAAUCAAUCUCCGGGCACCCUUUUACGUAGACGAAGCACCGCCAUUGGAUGAUUCAAAAUUUAGGGUUUCUGAUUCUUGCGGUUGGGUGGCGUGGCUUGAUUUGAAGUGGCUGAAUGUGCUGAAACCUGCUUUGCCCUCGUGGUUUUUCUGUCUUUGUUGAAGAUAUGAGACUUGCUUUUCCUCUGUGUUGCUCCCCGGUUGGUCGAUUCUGUGUUCCUUGGAAACUUAAAUAUUACUUGUGAGUUUGCUAUUGGGAAUUCUGGAUCAUGACAUGUAUUGGAGUGUCUUUGAGCGCCCCUGUUUCCCAGAAAAUUUCCAGUCGGCUGUUCUUGCAAUGAGUGAUCUUCAGAUGAGAGAAUUUUGGGCUUCUGGGAGGUGGGGAGAGCUUUGAUUUUGACUUUGGUUGGGUGCUGCAUUUAUUCGAAAGUGCUUCUUUGAUAAUUCCAUUUUGAAGAAAUGCAACUGCAGCAGAGCUCGAGAAUUGAUCUAGUUGACCUGAAAACUCAAAUAGUCAAGAGGUUAGGAGGAGAGAGGUCAAAACUGUACUUUUAUUAUUUGGAUCGGUUUUUGAGCCAGAAGCUGAACAAGGUUGAGUUUGACAAGCUAUGCUGUCGGGUGCUUGGGAGAGAGAAUCUUUCACUUCACAAUCAGUUGGUACGGUCAAUACUGAAGAACGCAUUCCAAGCCAAAAUUCCACCUCCAUCCGUUUCUCAGGAUCCACAAAGUUCACUUAGGAGAGAAGAUGGACAUGAGCAAAGUUUGUCAGUCAUCCCGAAUCAAAAUCCAAAUGUUUCAGUGUGGUCUAAUGGUGUCCUUCCUCUGUCCCCUAGAAAGGUGAGGUCUGGAAUCCGUGAUCGCAAAUUCAAGGAUCGGCUGAGUCCUUUGGGACCAAAUGGCAAAGUGGAUUGCUUGUCUCAUUCUGCCAGUAUUGAAGAGAGUGGUAGGAAGGUUAUCAGGGAGAAUGGUGAGUUGACUCCGCGAAAUUACCAGAGACCAUUGCAGCAUAUCCGGUCAGUUACUCGGCCUCCUGAGGAUGAAAAGGAAGGAUCAAUUCAGCAAGCAAUUAGUAAAUAUAGGGUGCAUGGCAAAGAUCAGACACUUGUUCCUGUUCUUGAAGAGAGGGAAGAUAUGGAGCAGGCUCACAUCUUAGAUUCUGCAAGGAAUCCUCUGGUUGCACCCCUUGGGAUCCCAUUCUGCUCUCCCAGUAUAGGUGGCGGCACCAGAAGUUUUCCUGUAGGAAGCAAUGGUGAUUAUGUUAGCUGUUAUGACUAUGGUCGGCUGUUUGACUCAGAAACACUGAAGAAACGAAUGGAGCAGAUUGCAGCAGGUCAGGGAAUUGGAGGGGUCUCACAAGAUUGUGCGAAUAUCUUGAACAGUUCUUUAGAUGUAUACUUGAAGCAGUUGAUCAGGUCUUGCGUUGAGUUGGUUGGAGCAAGGUCUGUAAAUGUUCCAAAAGGGCAUCCUCUUCAGAAGAUGCAGGUACCAGGAAGGGUCAGCAUUGGCAUGUCCCCGUUGAAAAAUCACUUGGCUACACAAGGUAGUAGCUCUGUAGUAGGAGGCAUGCAGGAAGAGAGUUUGCCAUGCUCUAUAUCCUUGCUUGAUUUCAAGGCUGCAAUGGAGUUAAAACCACAGCAACUUGGAGAAGACUGGCCAUUGCUGCUUGAAAAAAUUUCCAUGCAUUCAUAUGAGGGAUGAGAUGAGAUGCUCUUUGUUGAUAUAUUCUUCUUAGACAGUCCAUUGCACUAAUAGAAGUCUUCAGAAAAGUGGCUGUGUUCCGAUCCCUUGCCCUUACUCUUAUCAAGUACGUGCCCAUGUUUCAAUCUGCAUUUGCCUGCUGCAGCGAAUGAGAGAAGUCAGAAUUAAGUGACAGAGGUGCUUCAUUGAAGAUCCCUUUGUUAAUUGCUCUGUCGUUUUGCGUUGUGGUUUACUCGCUUGCUUAGUCAGUGCAGAGCUUCUGCUCUCCCACAACGCAUUGUUCAUGAGAAUGAAUUCAAGGAUGUUCGAGGUUUUUCUUGGAUUGAUUUUCAAAGAGGAUUUAGAUCAUUGUGAAGAUAACCUGGAUAGACCAAGGGUUGGAGACUCCAGAUUAUUUAAAUACUUUGCACAGAUGGAGAAUGUAUCAUCUAGGGGUUGCCAUUCGUCUGGCAGUAUUCAUUUGAAAAGCAACUGCUCUAUCAGUAUCCUGAAUGUGCAAAAGUGAAGGGGUUAAAGCAGUGAUUUCAUGAGGAGAUCGAAUACGUGCUUUGACUAGAAAACAAUCAUUCAGGGAGAAGGAUGCAUGCUGGAAAAGAUGCUCCUGAUGUUACGUCAAAACUGAGCAAACAUCUUCCCAUUUGGGAGCAUUUACUAUCAUCUCUCCAAUCAAUUGUUUAAAAUAGUUUCCAAAAUAAUGAAAUUCUAUGGCUCUAUAAAAGAUAACUAUUUAGCAAGCACCAGAGCACUUUUAGUAGAAAAGAAAGAGAAGGAUAGAAAAUUUGGGCUAGAUCCUUGGCUGACUCAGGUACCCAAGUUGCGAUUACUCUCCUGAUAAUAAAAAAGUCAGGUUACAGAGAAAUGCACAUGCAUACAGAUGAGAUCUCAUGUUUUCGCGGUCGCACUGUAAUACCAAACAGGAGUCACCGAAUCAGCGGCUAGGUGGUCGAGGUAAACAUGCAGAUGGGCUUCAGCUAAAAUUUUGAAUGCCUUGAUGUUUUGGCUCUUCCAUUCACCUAGCCUAUUUACUUCGGUUGAUAUCUUGCUCGACUGUUGCACUUAUGUAGUGCUUAAUUUAAUUCUUUUUGUUCUGCUUGAGCCACUCCCGAUAUAAAUGUACAGUUUAUAGAGACAGAACACAUGCUCUGUAUCCAAUAUAGAUAAUCUACGAAAUGUCAUAUCUUGUUAUUUUUCCCUACUUAGGGAGGGGCCUUUUGUAUCAAGUAACUGAACGAGGCAGAUAUCCAAAUGCGCAGCUCUCCUUGGUGAUCCUUGCUGAUGUAGAUUAUUAAAUUGUCAUGCUGCCAAUAAGAGAGUAACUUUUGUAUUUA